AGAUUCAUAAUCAAUUUCCGAACCCCGACAAACGCCAAGGUCUUGACUCUGUCUCGGCAUGGAAUUACGGAGUUCUACAAGAUGAACUCCUGCACUUGAACUCUCCCUGUCGGAAGACUGUUGUAUUCUUGUUGGGCCUCCGACGACCAUGGCAGAAGAGUCUAGCGAGCAGGAGCGUCGGAGUCGACACGCUUGUGAGUCGUGCCGCACGAGGAAAACGAAAUGCCCGGCAGAAAGACCUGUGUGCUCAAUCUGUCAGCGCAUGAAUCAACAAUGUGUUUAUCUCCCCAGAGAUCAGUCAAGACGACCCCCCAGAGUGAACAAGGCAACGAGGAAACCUUCCAAAUCUCGAGUCCAACACCUCGAAUCGCAGAUGAAUGAUAUAUAUGCCAUGCUUCACUCAAUCUCACGGCCAAAUGCUAGCACAGACACUUCCCCAGACUUUGUGGCAGGAGCUGCUCGAGACGAUGCAAGCGCCGGCAUUGAUGCCACUGUCAGUGCGGAUAUCGACUCGGAUAUAUUGGAUCAUGCGGUUCAUGUAUACAAAACAAAGAUCCACCUUCAACCAUUACCACUGCUCAGCUUAGAAGAUCUGCCGGACAGGCUUGCUCGAGGCCCAACAUAUCUUCGUUGGGCUUUCCUUGCCCUAUGUUUGAAUUUUACAGCACCUGAAAUACCCCUUAGCCCAGGACGUGAAUAUGUGCAACAUUACUCUCAAUCGGCUCACGAAGCCGUUGUAAAACUGGCUAUGGAGGGAAUAGCCACGGCUGAGAUACUCCAGGCACUAUGCCUCCUGGCCUUGAGCGAUAUGAAAGGAGGCAAAUUAGCCCGAGCGUGGAUGAUCAUUGGAAACGCCUCGACACUGCAAACCAUUGAGACAUCAAAAAGGAGUCAAACAUACCUGCAUGAUUCAUCUGCAGAAAAGGAAGUAGCUUCUCGAUGCUACUGGAGCAUUUUCAUACUGGAGAGAAUGUUCUUGCCUCAACCGAAGCUUGCAGCAUUUGGAAGAGUGCAACGUUUUACACCAGAUUAUCCUGUUAGUCCACCGAGCCCUUUGCCGCUCUCAUCCGACACUCGUAUCCACAGUGAACGACACGCUGCAAGUGACUCUAUCAAGGAUAUUGGGAUUAUCGCGCACUGUCUCCUGUCAGUAUCUGUCUGGCGCGACCUCACCACAUAUCUGCACGAGAUUCAAUUUGGCAACACAGAAAGCGCUUGGGUGCCGAGCUCGACAUACUCUCAACUGAAUCUUCAGAUGCACGAAAACCAAACGAUAUGCGGCUCACCACAUCUAUUCAGAAAUCUGUCAUUGAGGGAGAGAUCAGCCGCGGAUUUCCUCGAGCACCGAGAGUAUUGGACUUCUUGGGCGCUGAUGCAGGUUGCCUCUCAUGCAAUUCCGGCGGUCUUGAACCACCCUUUCAUUCAUCUGGUCGUGAAACGCCCAGCGGGCAGUACUCACAAUCCGAAGCCCACCUUCUUCCUACAACAGACCGUGGACCUCGCGAUAUUUCAUUCCGGAUGGGUAGCACGAUUGCUUCGGGUAUUCGACAGUUUUCCUUUUCAACUGACCAAUCCUGUAGUCGGGCACAUGAUUGCAGCAACCGCGACGGUUUUCUGGCUCUUUCAGUUCGUUCGAGACACAAAAGUCUCCAUAAGGGCGAAAGAAGACCUCGAGAAAAGUGAGAGUUUUCUGGAACGGAUGGCGCCCGAAUGUCCACAUGUUGCUCAAAAGCUUAAAAUACUCCGAGAACUUCAGGCCAAGGUUCAAGGCAGCAGGCACGAGGGCGACAGUGGCAAUAGGCACAGGAGUGGAUGGGAAAGUGCCACGACGACAACAACAAUCACAUUUCAACCGUCGGAUUUAUGGGCGCUUCUCGAUUCCAGCCUCUCACAAAUGGCAUCUUCCAAUUCCGUCUCUCCCACUCCGGCAUUACCAGCCGGGGUAGAUGAUAACAGUACUAGCAUAAGUCUCAAUGUGCACGUGGUUCCUCCAUGGACCGAAGGACAGGAUGAUUCAAGGCAGUCAACAUCCGCACCUAUCCAAGCAGCGAACGGGACCUUUCCCGUCGAGGUAGAUGCGACGGCUGAAGAUCCUUUCCAUUUUGCAGGGACCGGAGGCUUUGACAUAUUCCUCGAUGAUCUCUUCACUCCUUUCAACAUCGACACUAGCGAUGGAAAUCCUUCACAACAGGACGGAUCUGGGUGGUAUAGACAAUGACGCGUUACGCGUUCUUCACCGAACUGCUCAUCGUUAUGGUGUACGAGCUGGUUCCUGUUUGACUCAAUCCCGCCCUGGACAUCCUUGCUGGCCCCGUCUACAGAUUUGCUCGAAGUUGCUCCUCCCUUCGAAGCAUCCGCCGUGGAGGGCCACGACGGCUCCCAUCAUUCACCUGCAACUUUUC